UAAAUCCCCCAUGGCUGAGGCAUGAGCACUGUCACUUCUCCCAGAUGGUGACGAUGCUGAUCCUGAUCCUGCUGCCUGUGGCCUUUCUCCUGCCCCCCAGGGCUGGGGCUGGUGAGAUCAUCGGGGGUUGGGAAGCCCAGCCCCACUCCAGACCCUACAUGGCCUAUCUGGAAAUACAACGCAAAGGGAAGACAUCUGUCUGUGGAGGGUUCCUGAUAUCGAAGAACUUCGUGCUGACAGCUGCUCACUGCAAGGGAGAUGAGAUCACUGUCAUUCUGGGAGCCCAUAACAUUAGACAACAGGAACAGAGCCAACAAGAGAUCCCCGUGUGCCACCAGAUCCCCCACCCCCAGUACAACAAGACCACCCGGAACAAUGACAUCAUGCUGCUGCAACUGGCGAAGAAAGCGAAGCUGAACAGAUGGGUCGAUACCGUCGCCCUGCCCUGCGCCGGCAAGAGAGUAAAGCCAGGGGCUGUGUGCAGUGUCGCCGGAUGGGGCUACACUAGCACAGAUUGUAAAUCGUCCCCGGCCAGGCUUCAGGAGGUGGACGUGGUGGUGAUGCCGCAUGCCGCAUGUCUAAGGAACCCUGAUUGGCCAUAUUGUGACUAUAACGCUUCCACCAUGAUGUGUGUGGGGGAUCCAAAGAUGGGCAAAGACUCUUGGAAGGGCGAUUCUGGAGGCCCCCUGGUGUGUGGGAAAAUAGCCCAGGGCAUCGUCUCCUGGGGGCCUCCCACCCCUCCCGGGGUGUACACGAAAGUCUCCACCUUCAUCCCCUGGAUACGGGUGACGAUGAGGAGGCUACAGCCCUGAGCCAAGCCAGGAAUAGCUGUGGGGGCUGGAGCUGCGCCGCUUCUGUCCUUUGGUGAUGCCUAGAUGUAGGGCCUGUUUUGCAGAUUGGCUGAGCCCUCCCUCCACUCCCCAGAAUACUCCCCCACUACCACCAUCACUCCACUCAGGCAGUGCUCAGCCCAUGAAGAUCAAGGCAGUGGGACUAGGGGAACCACGUUCAAGACCAGCUCCUAUCUGGAGUUAAGUUGCUUCUUUGCUAGGGAAACAGGUGGUUUAUUUUCCCUGGGGUAACGGACAAAAGCCAAACCCUGGGAUAGAUCCGGUGGUUUGUAGCUCCCUGCCAUGUCAGCUGGUCAAGUGACCAUUUAUUGGGGGAUCUUCAUUGGUACCUGACCUGUUAAAGCCUGUGAAAAGUGCAGCCCGCCCUGGCCUCACAGGACCUAUCCCAUGGGUUGGUUCAUUGGGCUGGCCACCACUCCUUCCAAACACACCUGUUCCCAGUGCUGGCGAGGCCAGUGGGACGGGAACGCAGAGAAGGCUGCACUGAACUGAUUGCAGAUCAAUCCCCAGUGCUGAUCGCCUCUUUCCCCCCUUCCCUGCCCCAUCCUGCUGCGCGGCCUGUUGCAUUUCGCUCUCUGCUCCAUUGCCAGCAAUGAAUAAAAAUGAAGUUAUAAAAAAA